AUGGGCCAAGGACAGUCUGGCCUCGGAGGCAGCGGAGGCGGCGAACCCCGCGAUGACAAGGAGAAAAAGAAGGAGAAGCCCAAGUACGAGCCCCCCCCUCGGCCGACGACACGCGUCGGCAAGAAGAAGAGAAAGGCGGUCGGAACGACGGCGGCGGUGAAGCUCCCCACCGUCUUUCCGACGAGCCGAUGCAAGCUCCGCCUCCUCCGGAUGCAGCGAAUCCACGACCAUCUCCUGCUAGAGGAGGAGUACAUCGAGAACCAGGAACGUCUGCGUAAGGCGAAGACGUCCAAGGAGGGGGCGACGGUCGGGCUCGACGCCGACAUCGACAGGCUGGCCGACGAGCGAAGCCGCGUCGACGACAUGCGCGGUAGCCCCAUGGGAGUCGGGACUCUGGAGGAGCUCAUCGACGACGACCACGCCAUCGUCAGCAGCACGACGGGCCCCGAGUACUACGUCAGCAUCAUGAGCUUCGUCGACAAGGACCUGCUGGAGCCGGGCACCAGCGUCCUGCUGCACCACAAGACGGUCAGCAUCGUCGGCGUCUUGACCGACGACACGGACCCGCUCGUCAGCGUCAUGAAGCUGGACAAGGCGCCGACGGAAUCCUACGCCGACAUUGGCGGCCUCGAGCAGCAGAUCCAGGAAGUCAGGGAAUCGGUCGAGCUGCCGCUGCUCCACCCGGAGCUGUACGAGGAGAUGGGCAUCAAGCCGCCCAAGGGCGUCAUCCUCUACGGCGCGCCCGGCACGGGCAAGACGCUGCUCGCCAAGGCCGUGGCCAACCAGACGUCGGCCACCUUCCUGCGCAUCGUCGGCAGCGAGCUGAUACAAAAGUAUCUCGGCGACGGCCCGCGACUGGUCCGUCAGCUGUUCCAGGUACGUGUCCCCCCCCACCCCCGGGCGCCGCCGAGGCGACCGAGGAAGGAAAGCAGGCAGGGACAGAGGCUAAUCCGAGGGCGCCAGGUGGCGGGCGAGAACGCGCCGUCCAUCGUCUUCAUCGACGAGAUCGACGCCAUCGGCACCAAGCGCUACGAUUCCACCUCGGGCGGCGAACGGGAGGUGCAGCGGACCAUGCUCGAGCUUCUCAACCAGCUCGACGGCUUCGACGACCGCGGCGACGUCAAGGUCAUCAUGGCCACCAACAAGAUCGAGACGCUCGACCCGGCCCUCAUCCGACCGGGCCGCAUCGACCGGAAGAUUCUGUUUGAGAACCCGGACCAGAACACGAAGCGCAAGAUCUUCGUCCUCCACACGUCCAAGAUGAACCUCAACGACGACGUCGAUCUCGAAGAGUUUGUCUCGCAAAAGGACGACCUGUCGGGCGCCGACAUCAAGGCCAUCUGCUCCGAGGCGGGGAUGCUCGCGCUGCGGGAGCGGCGCAUGCGCGUCCAGAUGGCCGACUUUCGGUCGGCGAGGGAGCGUGUCCUGCGCACCAAGCAGGAGGGCGAGCCCGAGGGACUGUAUUUGUAG